AUGGCAUCCUCGUUUCUCACACAAUUGAAUGAAACUAAUUUUGUUGCUUAUGAUGACAAAUUUCAUAAAAUUAUUGAAAUCAAUCCAAAAUUAGAAGUACUUGCUACUGCAAACUACAAAUUUGCUCACGAAGCUGGUGUAUAUAUAGCAGCAAGAAAUGAAGUUUUGUUCACUUCCAAUCGUCUUGGUAAUACCAGUACAGCCGAUCAAUAUACGGAAAUCAAUAAGAUUAAUCUUUCAACUAAAAAAGUAUCCACUGUAAAGCCAUCUUCUCCUAUCCUCCUUGCCAACGGCGGUACAUUCCAUAACGGAAAGGUUAUUCUUUGUGCCCAGGGACAACGAGACAUUGGUGGAUCUAUUGUUUCUAUGGACCCUC